AUGCAACGAAAUAUCCGAGGUCCCCCUAAGAACCUCACCGAAAAAGUUAGCAUCGACGACUCAAACCCUGAGAAACAGGUGAGCAUCGGAUCCGAGCUACCUCUCGAAACCAAAAAGGAGCUCGUCGAAUUCCUAAAACAGAAUAUCAAAACUUUCGCAUGGACCACCAGCGACAUGAAAGGCAUAGAUGCAAAUGUCACCACUCAUAAGCUCAAUGUAGACCCUACUUUUAAACCGAUCAAACAGAAACGUCGUAAGCUAGGUCUAGAAAAAGCCCAAGCUGUCAACGACGAGGUCGAUCGACUAACAAAGGCCGGGUCCAUCCGAGAGGUACAAUACCCCGAUUGGCUAGCUAACCCAGUGGUAGUAAAAAAGAAGAAUGGGAAAUGGAGAAUCUGUGUAGACUUCACCGAUUUAAACAAAGCCUGUCCUAAGGACAGCUUCCCGUUACCUCAUAUCGAUCGUUUGGUCGAAGCAACGGCUGGACACCAGCUCUUGUCCUUUAUGGAUGCCUUUUCAGGAUAUAACCAGAUUAUGAUGGAUCCUGAGGAUCAAGAGAAAACCGCAUUCAUAACUGAACGAGGAACCUAUUGUUACAAGGUCAUGCCGUUUGGUUUGAAAAACGCGGGAGCUACCUAUCAAAGGUUAGUAAAUAAAAUGUUCGCUGGACAACUCGGAAAAACCAUGGAAGUCUACAUCGACGACAUGUUAGUCAAAUCCUCAAAGGGGGAGGACCACAUCUCCCAUCUAAGAGAAUGUUUCGAAAUCCUCAACAAAUACGACAUGAAGCUAAACCCAGCUAAGUGUACCUUCGGAGUACCUUCCGGCGAAUUCCUAGGUUACCUCGUAACCGAAAGAGGCAUCGAAGCCAACCCGAAACAAAUAGCGACAUUCCUAGAAAUGCCAUCACCUAAAACGACCAGAGAGGUACAAAGAUUGACCGGACGGAUCGCAGCACUAAAUCGAUUCAUCUCCAGGUCCACCGAUAAAUGCCUUCCAUUCUAUAAACUUCUGAAAAAUAAUAAGAAGUUCUUAUGGGAUGAAAAGUGCGAAGAAGCCUUCAGACAGCUGAAGGCUUACCUCUCGGAACCUCCGAUACUAUCCAAACCUGUAGUAGGAGAACCACUGUACCUGUACCUCGCCGUGUCGGCAGCUGCAGUCAGCGGAGUGCUAGUACGAGAGGAACAAAACGAACAGAGACCUGUCUAUUAUACUAGCAAAAGCUUAAUAGACGCCGAGACGAGAUAUCCCACCAUGGAAAAACUAGCCCUAGCAGUCGUGACAGCCGCCAGGAAGCUGCGACCUUAUUUCCAAUCGCACUCGAUCAUCGUAAUGACCUCACAACCAUUACGGACGAUUCUGCAUAGUCCUAGCCAAUCCGGACGAUUAGCAAAAUGGGCUAUAGAGCUCAGCGAGUACGACAUCGAGUACAGACCCCGAGCAGCAGCAAAAGCUCAGGUCCUCGCCGAUUUCGUUAUUGAGCUAGCAUCCGGACAUCUAGACCAGGAAACAGAGGCUCCGAAAUGGAGCCUAUACGUGGACGGAGCCUCGUCAAGGCAAGGCUCCGGUGUCGGUUUAAGACUAACCUCCUCAGCCGGAGAAACCAUCGAACAAUCCUAUAGACUUGGAUUUAACGCUUCCAACAACGAGGCCGAGUACGAAGCACUAAUCGCUGGAUUAAAGCUCGCCCUGAGCCUCGGAAUUCGGGAGCUAAACGCCUACAGCGACUCGCAGCUGGUAGCUAGCCAGUUUCACGGGGAAUACGAAACAAGGGACGAAAGAAUGGGGGCAUACCUCGAGGUCGUCCUAAACCUCACAAAGCAGUUUGACAAGUUCGAGCUAACGAGGAUCCCACGAGGGGAGAACUCCUCAGCAGACGCGCUCGCCGCAUUAGCUUCCACAUCCGACCCUCUCGUAAAACGAAUUAUACCCGUGGAAGGAAUCGAGAAGCCAAGUAUCGACAUAGCUACCAAGGCUGAGAUGGAUAGCAAACCAAAGGAAAAAAUAGAGGAUAACAGCCUCCCGACGGUAGCUACCCAAGUUUUCACGACAUUCUGGUUCCCGAAAACUAGAACACGCAGCUUCAGAAAGCACACCUCCAGGAAAGCAACCCAGAACCCGGAAAACAACGACAAAAGUGAAGGUACUCACCGAAGUUCAGACUCCCUAGAGCCUAACUCUACGAGUACCUCCGGGGGCACCAUCCAGACCUCGGAGCCACUUGUCUAUAAAAUCCAAACAAGAAGCCGCACCGCUCUUAAAAACGCAUCUAGGAACGCUACACAAACCACAGGGGAUAACGAGGAAAUUGGAGAUAUUCCUCAGAACCCAGAACCUACUCCAACAAAUAUCUCCGGGGGCACCACGGCACCAGGUCCCGAACAGGAAUCUCCCUCCUCUCUUCACAACAAAGUUGUAGGAAGAGAAGACUGGAGAAUACCGAUCAUGGAUUACAUCCUAGAGGGAAAAAUUCCACCCAACAAGUGGGAGGCUCGAAAACUCAAAGCUUUAGCAGCAAGAUACUGUAUAAUCGAGUCAGCCCUCCACAAACGAAGUGUCUCCGGACCUUACCUAAAAUGCGUUCACGGCCUAGUAGCUAUGAAACUCAUGAAGGAAAUGCACGACGGUUCCUGUGGAAACCAUUCCGGAGGCAGAGCCUUAGCCAUCCGAAUAAAAAGGCAAGGCUACUUCUGGCCUACCAUUAUCGCAGAUUGUGAGGUCUACUCCUCAUCGUGCGACAAAUGCCAAAGGCAUGCACCGAUCAUACACCAACCAGCGGAAAAGCUGUCUAACAUAUCAGCUCCCUACCCAUUCAUGAGGUGGUCUAUGGACAUUAUAGGUCCAUUAGUACCUUCAGGGAAAGGAAAGAAGUUACUAAACCUCCUGGUCCUAACCGACUACUUCACGAAAUGGAUUGAAGCUGAAGCUUUCCAACAAAUAAACAGAUUCGAGGUCGAAGGAUUUGUUUGGAAAAACAUCGUAUGCAGGCAUGGCGUCCCAUACGAAAUCGUAACCGACAAUGGAGGACAGUUCAUAUCCCACGACUUCAAAAGUUUUUGCGAUAAAUGGAACAUCCGCCUCACCUUCUCAUCACCUCGGCGACCUCAAGGGAACGGACAGGCGGAGGCUGCCAACAAAUCAGUUUUAGCAAACCUCAAGAAACGCCUAGGAGCCCAAAAGGAGCUUUGGUCGGAAAAACUACCCGAAGUACUAUGGGCCUGCCGAACCACCCCACGAAAAGCUACAGAGGAAACUCCCUUCUCCUUAGCUUAUGGGAUGGAGGCUGUCGUCCCAGCAGAAACCACCGCAGGUAGCCUCAGACGGGAGCUCUGCACCUCAAAUCCCGCAGCUAAUAACCAGCUCCUGAUGGAUAGCCUCGACUUGAUCGAGGAAAGACGAGACCAAGCCUUGCUUCGCAUUCAAAAUUAUCAGCAAGCAAUGGCACGACACUACAAUUCCAAAGUAAGGCCCCGACAGUUCGCCGUAGGGGACCUAGUGCUUAGGAAAGUGUUCGAAGGAACAAAGGAACCGGGAGCUGGAAAGUUAGGAACCAACUGGGAAGGACCCUACCGAAUUAUCCACAUAGUACGACCCGGAGUUUACAAACUCCAGAAGGUACGAACCGGGGUACCUGAAAUCCGAUCGUGGAAUGCCACGAACCUCAAAAGAUACUAUCAUUAGGUACCUAAAACCCCUGAACUACGUUUGGCUUGAUCCCUUGACUGGGUACGUAGGCAGCUCCGUCAUGAGUGCAGCCCCAACCUCUUCUCACCAACCUCCUCACCUAAGCCAAAGGGGCAGGUGUUACCAAGAACACUUAGCCUAAAAAUAGUUACUGUGUAAAUAAUCUGAAUCAUGUAUUCUCUGAUAUCUGAUAUUAAUAAAACGAUUGAUUCAGUUUCAUAAACAUCAAAGGUCUUAAAACCCUCCAAGAAAAUUUAGGUCCCCCUAAAUCGGGACCUAAGCUCAACAAUCUCGAAUACAUUCAGGUCCCUGAAAACCUGAACCUAAGGUCUUAAAAUCCUUAAUACACCCAGAGGUCUUAAAAUCCUUAACAUAAACUAAGGUCUUAAAAUCCUUAACAAUCAGCAAGGUCUUAAAAUCCUUAACAAUCAGCAAGGUCUUAAAAUCCUUAACAUAAACUAAGGUCUUAAAAUCCUUAACAAUCAGCAAGGUCUUAAAAUCCUUAACAAUCAGCAAGGUCCUAAAAUCCUUAACAAUCAACCAGGUCCUAAAAUCCUAAUCAAAACCAGAAGGUCUUGAAACCCUUAUCAAAAUCGAAAAGUCUUAAAAUCCUAAAGAAUCAGGAAAAUCCCGAAAUUCCUCAAUUCCAUCCGUUAAACUUCAAAGGCCUCGAAGUCCUUCGAAUUAACUCAGGUCCCUAUGAAUCUAAAUAAAGGUUCCUACGAACCUGAACAACCAGGUCCCAGAACCUUACGAAUCGGACUCAGGUCCCCGAGCUAAAAUCAAGAACUCCUCUUUAAGAUUAUCACGACCGAAUAUCCAUUAAGCUAAAUGCUUAUCAUAAAUAAAGACUAAAGGUCCUAAUCCGACUCAACGAUGACGGCACACAACUCAUCUGAGAUUCGCAAUCACUAUAAUUAAAUGAAACGAGGUUAAGUUCAAAAACUUAAAACAGAAAUAAUAGCCACGAUUUAAACAUAAGAAAGGGUUUAAAAACCUCCCCAGGCUAUUGAAAUCCAGCAAGCGUUAAGGUUUAAAGGCCUCCUCAGGCACUAAGUCACGAAACAUAACGAAACAAAGCCCUUAGGCCGAAGUCUUAAAAACACAAAACAUAAAGUUAAAAGAGCCGUAGCUCUCAAUCUUCCUUCUCUUCCUGAAUCGGAUCACCAGCACCGGCAGGAACUCCCUCAUCGAUCACAUUGCCGUCACCUCCUAUUGCUGCCUCGACUGGAGCUAAGUCAGGAGCCAUCAAACCCAAAUUAGAGCCAUACUCCCCAGAAAAGGAUGGAUUAAACAUGUUAAUCUCGAAAGUACCUGAACUCUCCGAGAUCUGGGGAAGAGGAAGCUUGCUGACCGAGAAGUCAGAGACUUGAGCCUUCUCAUACGCAGUUGUCGCUUCUGGUAAUAAGGCCACCAAUUGGUUGUACUCCUCUUCAACGCUUUGGAUCUUGUUGUUCAGGAUAUCCUUCAAGAGGUCGACAUUAGCUUGGAGCUCCUGAGCGUACACCAAAGCGUCGAACUCAUCUUUCUUCCUAGCAAACUUCUCCUUAACACAGACCAGGAUCUUGCCGUAAGCUUCGGCGACUUCUUUCUUCCCUUCCCUGACAGCCAGCUUGACUUCAGCUUCCUUGUUCUUCUGGCUAUCACGGGAUGAGGCAAUGAGCUCACGUACUUGAUGCUCAGCUAUCUUUCGAGCAGCCUCUAAAUCAUUGAUCCUCCUGCUCUUCACCUGGAUAUCGAGCUUUUGACUCUCGAUCUCUCCUUGCUGAGCAUCGGCCUUCGAGCCUAGCCUCGUCACUUCGGCUUCGAGUUCAGAAAUUCGAACCCGGGCUUGGUCAAGAUCGGUUUUGGCUGCCUUAACCAUCUCGGUAACCUCAGCAAGUUCACCAGCAUUGGGGGCAGCACACAGAGCAUUCUCAAACCUGAGCUGGGCCCUGUUAACAGCCCCAACCAACUGCAAUAAAUCCAAAGAAAAUAUAUAUGUAUAUCAUCGUCUCCAAAGAAUGUAAACAAAUAAAGAGAGAGAAGUUACCUUGAAAACCGAACGGAGGCGUGGAGAAAGUGGAAGGCUAGCAGUUAAUGUUCACCGCUUUAUAUCCCAUCACCUCUCGAGAUUCGGAAAAGUCAUUUCAAACCCUCUCCAUCUGAACCAUAGAUUCUGCCAAACGUAAUAAAGACCGUUAGAUCGAGUAAGCUGAAUCUAAAUAGGAUAAGAACUAAUCAUUAUCUUAACGAAAAGAUAAGAUCGAUAGCUAGAUUCUAGCUUCCGAGACAAAGGAUUUUAUUCGGAAGCUGGGGGCAACUGUUGGACCCGAAUAUGACCCUCAGGUGAGGUACCGAUAAGCGUGAGCUAGCAUGUGGGUUGCGAUAAGCCCAUCAUAACAAAGGGAGCUGAAAGCCGAGCUGACGACUGGACCUGGGAGACAUCAUAGCAGAGGUCACGACAGAAAGUGAGCUAACACCUUAAGGGACUCGGUCAAGAGGAGCCUAAAGCGAGCUCCGUAAUUGAAGCCAAAGAUCUAGGAGAACAGUUGAAGGGUUGCCAACGAAACCUAGACUAUAUAAAGACGGAGAAGAUAAAAGACAAGCCAUCUCUUUCCAUAUAUCAACUUUUGUACUAGAUUAAAAGCAUUACGUAUUCUUUAAUCAUCACAAGAUAUAUUCCUUUGUAUUCAUCAUCUUUCAACUCAUCAAUAAAAUCAUAUUCAUUCUUCAAGUUUAUUUACGGGAUUCAGCCCACGAUUCUCAUUCAUCUCUCUUGACCUAACCUAAAUCUAAGAAGUGAAACCUUGUCUCUCACAAAAACGACACAAUGUUGUCUACAGUUCGGUGCUAAUUUUUUGAAUUUCUAAAAGUGAUGGGUUUUUUUUUUCUGGCCAAGAAGAAAGUGAUGGUUUUUCUAUAUUCUUGAAAGAGAAACAGUAAGUUCAUACAUAUUUCCAUUUAGGUUUAUUUUGUGUGUGGUUGGAACUUGGAAGUUAGGAAUCUAGCCAUUUGAACUGUUGAGAGGGAACACCCUCCCUCUGGUAAAGUGUGCAGAAGGUGAAGUGAACUCUAUUUAUUCUUUUUUUUUUCAUUCUGGACAG